AUGACUGAAAGGGCUAAGCUGAUUUCGGCAUUCACUUGUCCAUUUGGGCACUUCCAAUGGGUACGCAUGUCAUUCGGGUUGAAAAACGCCCCACUCAUUUACCAACAGAUGAUCAACAAUUGCCUGUGGGGAUUUGUGCGGCUACCACCCGAAGAAGAAGCACUCGUGGAUCAGGAUGUGUUAGACUACUUGAAGUUGGACCCUCAGUCUCCGAGUGAUGAAAUGGAUGGAGGACGCAGUAUGACACCACUUGUGGAGCAAAUGACGGUUUUCAGGCGUACCAUUCCCGCACCAUCCCAAAUGGGGCCAGUCCUGGGGCGCAGUUCGUAUAUUGAUGACAUCGCGCAUGGGGCGGCCACAUGGAACAGCUAUGCGAUACAUUGCUCUAUCGGUUACGACCCUGGAGUAUCUCAGUUAGCUUGCCCAACAGCGAGUUCGGGAAGCGUGUCAUACCAUACGUCUCUCAUGAAAUUGGCGCUGAAGGGAUACGUGUCACCCCGAAAACCCCUGAAUUACUACCACAAAUUCAUUGAGGAUUACGCCGGGGUAGCUGCUUCACUCUAUGAGUUGACAGAUGAUCAAGUGCGCGCAGGACGAGACUUGUCUCGAGCGAAGGAAUCCUUUGAGAUCCUGAAGAGGAAGAUCGUGUCUACACCUCUACGCAGACAUCCAGAUCGAACGAAACCUUUCGUGGUCAUCCCUCAUGCGAAUCAGUGGGCUGCUUGUGCGGUUCUAGGACAGAUGCAUGACGGACUUGUUCAGCCCGUUUGA